ACAACCAGAGCGAAGCAGCUCGCUGCAGAUCAGACGGGUUUGAAUCUUUUCUCUUGUGAUUUGAUGGCAGCAGUAUGGACCUGCAGCUCGGCAUUAUGGGUCUGAAACCAGGAAUUCUGGCUGAGUUGCGUUCAGCUGCUUCUUUCUGGAUUAGAUUAAAUCUCUAAAGGGAUUCUCAAACUGUUUUCUCAUUGACACAGAAGUUUAGCUGAUUUCAGGGUUUUGAUCAUUUGAUCCCACUAAGACGUGAAAAUGGCGUUCAUGCCGGUGAAGUUCAACCUGCAGAAGCGGGUGAAGCUGGCUCAGGGUCUGUGGAUGAUCUACUGGCUCUCGGUCAUCGUGGGGAUUCUCCUCUUCGGCCUCGGCAUCUUCUUCAAGAUCGAGCUGCGGAAGAGAAGCGAGAUGAUGGACAACAACGAGAGCCACCUGGUGCCCAACCUGUUAAUCCUGGUGGGCUCGUUGGCCUGCGGGCUCAACGCCUUCGGGGGAAAAGUGUGCCACGACUCUCUGGACCCCAUCAAGUUCGCCAAGUGGAAACCGAUGCUGAAGCCAUUCCUGCUGCUGUGCUGCGGCUUCAACGCACUGCUGCUGCUGAUGGCACUGCUGUGCUUCCUCAUGCAGUUCGCCGUGUACCUGACGCUGGCCGAGGGCCUUAAGAACAGCAUCAAGUUCUACAAGGACACCGACACGCCGGGACGCUGCUUCAUGAAGAGGACCUUGGACAUGACGCAGAUCGAGUUCCGCUGCUGCGGCAACAACAACUUCAGGGACUGGUUCGAGGUGCAGUGGAUCAGCAAUCGCUACCUGGACAUGAGCAAUGACCUGGUGAAGGAGUGA